GUGCGGAGCAGCAGUCAGGACCUUGCCAUGGCGCUGUGGCAGCGGGGGGACCAUGCCUGCCGCAGGCCCUGCGGGGCCAAAGAGGCAGACGACCCCAAGCUAUUGAAGGAGGCCCGGCACCGGCCGCUGGCCGUUGCGCAGGCGGAGGCGCCGGCCGCGGCGGCUGCAGCGGCGGCAGCACGAGGGCCUCAGCAGGUGACGCGGCAGGUGUGCGCCGAGCACGGAGUCAGCUACCUGCCGCUGGACAUGCCAGGGCUCCCCCCCAUGACCGCGGCCAGCGGGGCAGCAUGCCAAAAGCUUUGCGCACAGCACCCUGGCGCGGCAUACUACAGUUUCUUCAUUGCCAGCGGCAAUUGCCACUGCCAAGCCGCAGAGGUGGCCCUGCAGCAGAAAGGCUGGGGCUUCGAGAGCGGCAGCACGGGCUGCAACAAAGUUUCGCAGCACCCAGACACGGUGGCCAUCAUUAAAUACCUGGACCAGGGCUGCUAUGAGGCCGGGGUCUUCUACCCCGAGGUGAUACCUGGAGAGACUUCCUGGCAGGCGGACUCGCUGCAAUGCCAGCGGCGCUGCCAGGAACUUGGCCGGCCUUGCAGGGGCUUCUCCUUCUACAGCCUGGACCAAAGCUGCCAGCUAAUCCAGCCAGGGGCGACGAGGAGCUACAGCGUGGGUGUGACCUCGGGCCCGCCCAGCUGCGAGAAGCGCGAACACCUGGUGUGAGGGGUCCUUCCGGCGAUCAGCCUUUGGGAACCCGGUGCCAUCAAGCACCUGGACGACCUUCGCGAACAUUUGUUUGGCUUG